CUGAAGAGCCCAAAACAAAGACGACAUCUCGUUGUAGCCUUGUUGAAGAGGAAACGUUUGUGAGAGCUCUAACAUUCUGUGCCAGUGGCGAACCAAGAAACCUCUUCUUCUACUCCGCUGGGAAUUUUUGUCGAAGAGGAGUAUCAGUCGUUAAUGUUUGAAGCCGAAUCGGGCUGGGUUGAAGCUGGGGCGUCGUGUGAUCACUUAGCCUCGCUGUCGUCUGAUCUCGCCCACAUACCAACUCCUGAUACACCCUGCAACAGGUGCGACCACCAGAGUGAAAACUGGUUAUGUUUGAGCUGCAAGGAUGUGCUUUGCAGCCGUUAUGUGAACAAGCAUAUGCUUCAGCAUUUCCAGCAAACUAACCAUUCUGUAGCGCUCAGUUACAGUGAUUUGUCUGUUUGGUGUUUCAUCUGCGACGCAUAUUUGGAUGCUAAAGUGAACUCACAACUGCGACCUGUUUACGAGACUGCUUACAUAUUGCAAUUUGGUAAGGCGGCACCGUUUCAAUCGGGCUGCGUGGAAGCUCAGACGUCGUGUGUUCACUUGGCCUCGCUAUCGUCUGAUCUCGCCCACAUACCAACUCCUGAUACACCCUGCAACAGGUGCGACCACCCAAGUGAAAACUGGUUAUGUUUGAGCUGCAAGGAUGUGCUUUGCAGCCGUUAUGUGAACAAGCAUAUGCUUCAGCAUUUCCACUAAACUAACCAUUCUGUAGCGCUCAGUUACAGUGAUUUGUCAGUUUGGUGUUUCAUCUGCAACGCAUAUUUGGAUGCUAAAGUGAUUUCUCAACUGCGCCCUGUUUAUGAGACUGCCUACAUACUGAAAUUUGGUAAGGCGGCACCGUUUCAAUCGGGCUGGGUGGAAGCUCGGACGUCCUGUGAUCACUUGGCCUCACAUCAUCUGACCUCGCCCACAUACCAGUCCCUGAUUCACCCUGCAACAGGUGCAACCACCCAGUGAAAACUGGUUAUGUUUGAGCUGCAAGGAGUGCUUUGCAGCCGUUAUGUGAACAA